AUGAAUUAAAAAUCUGAUCUAAUAAAACUAGAGGAAAUAUCAACUAAUAAAUUCAGCCCAGAGCUAUUCCUUCAAUGCAUACUCUAUAGAAGUUAGCUGUCAUUAGAUUUGUCUUACUUUCUUGAAUAGGCUAUCUACAAAAAAGUAGUUGAUGAUAACAAUAAUUUUUACAACCUUUAAAUACUUCGGAUUUGUGUCGUAUGCUACAAUUACUACUAAUUGUUGCAAGGGACAAAUUUCUUAAAUAAAGAUAAAUAUGCUGGGAUGGCGAAUCAAUUGAAAAAAAUCUUUAGAGAUGAGAAAGAAUACCUAAAUUAAAUUACUCAAUUUUCCAAUGUAAAAUCUAAUACAGCUGAUUAUUUGAGAAAGGAAAUUUAAAUGACAUUUGAGAAAUGCAAAAAAUUAAAAGAUGCCGUUCCUGCUGAGUUUUCUAAAAUAGUAAACUAUUUUAGGGAUACUAAAAAAGGAGAUCUUAAAUUUGAAAAGUUGCAAACUUAAUUGGAUGCCACCAACUAAAUUAAUUACGACAUAUAUUCUUAUUUUUUCAAAUUGUAUUACUAGCAAGAAUGGUUUACUUAAAAUUAAAAUUUAGAAGCAAUUAAAUUGUAAUGCUUCAUUAUACAUUUCUUAAAACUUGAUUCCAUUUACCCAAUCGAACUUUUCGCAGAUUAAACAUUAAUAUUUGUGAGAAUAUUAGAUAAUUAACCAAUAGACUAUUAUAAAAAACUUAUGGAUUAAAAUUGA